AGGCAAAGAGAAUGAAGAGAAGUAGUAGCAUUGGAUUAUUAGAAAUGAAGUUAGAAGCAUCAGGAGGAGGGUGCAAGUACCACCCUGAUAACAAACAAGUGCAAGGUGUUUGUGCCUUUUGUUUAAGAGACAAACUUUUGAAGCUCUAUGAUAUCAACAAUCCAACUUAUCCUCUUCCUUCUCCUUCUCAACCCUUUUCUUCUUACAUGUCUCAUCGCCACCACCACCACCACCGUCGUCAUGCUUCUAGUGUGGCGGAUUCUGUCUCCUCCGUGGUUGGUUUCAACUAUGGAUUGAAGAAGAGCAACUCCAUUGCCUUUGGUUCAGGAAGCCGAAACACAGAUAAGGAAGUCAAUGAAAACAGCGGGGGGAGUAAGAAAAAGGGUGUUUGGUCCAAGCUGCUCAAAUUGACCAGAAAGAACAGUAAGGAGGCCUUCAUGCAUUCCAGGACCGUGAGGGAGGGAAAGAGUUUGCAUUUUUAAUGUUAUUGUAGAUUCACUUAUUUUAUUCAUGUAAACUACACAUAAAUGUGGAGGAUUUUUAUUGAGUUUGCAAUUGGGUUGGAGCAGAGGUUUCCAUGUCAUAAGUGUGUAUUCAUCUUAGAAAGAAUUAAGUUACUGUCUAACACAUUUCCGACAAGCAAAUUUGGUAAUCGCAGUAUCAAUAACAAGAUUAUUCAAAAAA